GAAAAAUGCUUUUAUGAGGGAGAGAGAAAAGGGAGGGGGAAUAUGAAAGGAUGCUUUUAGGAGGGUGGAAAUUGUGUAGACGGACCAGCCAACCAUGCGAGUUGAGUUGGAUUGGUGGGAGUGGCGAUCGGAUGAAGAAGUAGACCCAUAUUGCAGAGGGAGCAGGCGAAGAGAGCAGAUGGGUUUUGUGAGCAAUCGAGUGGGCAAAAGUAAGAUCAAGCCUGGUGACCACAUUUACACCUACAGAGCUGCCUUCACUUAUGCCCAUCAUGGCAUCUACGCAGGUGGAUACCAGGUGAUCCAUUUUACGCCCGAGGUAAAUUUGAAUUCAAGAACUGCCACAUCUUCUGGUUUCUGUUGUUCAAGCUCAAGCAUUCAACCAUCCUGUCCAAACACCCUCUGCAUCCCCCACUGUGGAAUCAGGCAGCCGUGCAGUGGCGUAGUCCUUUCUUGUCUGGACUGCUUCCUCGGCAAUGGCUCCCUUUACUUCUUUGAUUAUGGAGUUUCCUCAAUGGUUUUCCUUUCGAGGGUACGAGGCGGCACUUGCACGACCGCGAAAUCCGACCGAUCGAAUAAGGUUCUCCACAGAGCAAUGUACCUUCUUCUAAAUGGAUUUGGGAAGUACGAUUUGUUUCAAAACAACUGUGAGGAUUUUUGUUUAUACUGCAAAACAGGUCUUCUGAUAAGCGACAAUAGAGGGCUUGGAAGAAGUGGUCAAGCUUCUUCUUUCAUAGGUGUUCCCGCAGCUGCCAUUUUAUCCUCUCCUCUGAAGUUGUUAAUGUCAAGUUCUGUGGGUUUGGCUGUGACGGCUGCUGGAUGGUACAACUUUGGUAGAUAUGUGAAUGACAUUGGACAACGAGUUGAUGUGAUUAAGGUGGAAGUGGAGAACUUGCCGGUUUAUCAUAGAAGCAACUUCGAUCAAAUGGAAGCAAAGAAGUAAGAUUUGAGGGAGUAUUUAGAUGAUCAAGGAUGGGAAGAGGCCAUGUCUCAUAAGUUCGUCUAUGAAGUAUGAACUGAAACAUCUUUUAACUUAGGGGAUUAAAAGUGUAUGAAUAAGGUUCUUCCCUAUAGAUAUGCCACUGAUUUAUACUUCUUUUUUUUUUCUCUUUAUAUGAAUAGUAUUGAGUUCUAUUA